UCGGCAGGCAAGCUCGUUUCCACUCCCAUCCAUCCCUCUCUCGAUCGCCAUUAAUUUCUACUCCACAGCGAGCUAGCUAUCAUCAGGCUAUGGCGGAGUGCAAGGGCGGCGGCAUGUCUCCGUCCUCCUCCAUGGACAGCAGCACCCACCCGGCGCUCUCCACGACGUCGUCGGCUUGCCGGCCGCCGACGACGGCGGCGGCGGCGAGGGGGGACCUCAGCACCGAUCUCCGGCUAGGGCUUAGCCUCAUCUCGACGACGACGUCGUCCUCCUCCUCCCUCCAGGCUGCUCCUGAGAGCAUCCCUUCUACCCCAAGGAACCAAGUGCACUCCGACUGGCCGCCGAUCAAGCCGUUCCUCCGGAGCGCCCUGCAGAAGGCGUCGUCGGCCGGCGGCGGCGGCCGCCGCCGGCGAACGCAGUUCGUGAAGGUGUACAUGGAGGGCGUCCCGAUCGGCCGGAAGCUGGACCUGCUCCUGCUCGAUGGGUACGACGGCCUCCUCGUCAAACUCUGCCACAUGUUCAAGACGCCCAUCACCUAUGCUGAUGUUAUGGAGUGCCAUCAACAAGUUCCUGGCCAGAAGGCUGCCCAUGUCCUCACCUAUGAGGACCAGGACGGAGACUGGAUGAUGGUUGGGGACGUCCCGUUUGAACUCUUCCUGGGCAGUGUAAAGAAGCUCAGGAUUGCAAGAGUUGAUAAAUGCUAGAAAUAAAUUGGUGCAUUUGGAUUUCUUUGUUUUUUUUUUCAAUUUUCUCCCCUUGGGUGGGAGGGUCCUUAUAUGUUAGGUUAGUUGAAGAUGAUUUUU